AAAUGCCUAGACCUCUCAUCGGUCUCGCGAUGCCGGCGGAAGUUUUGCGAGUCGGCGUGGCCAUGCUAAUCAGCUCUCGAUUUCCGAUCCCACCCACCACAUAACUGAAACGAUUGGCAUAUUGUACGGCGACGAUGACGACGACCAGAAUAAUGAUUCCCGCCCUAUGAGUUUUGUCGCAUCACCCGGCGGAGGCGAGCAAAUACCUCAGCUUCGUGAACCGGAACCUCCCUCGCUAGACAGCCGUCGGCCUCCACUUCUUCGAACAACUUCAGACAAGUCAAGUUUACAGGGCUCACCUGCUCAAAUAAACGGAAACUCGGUCCAAAAAGCUCAGACGCUCCCAGUCCAGACGCCAAGCCAAAGAGGUCCAUCCAGGGGUAGCUCCUACGAGUCGGGGCCCAAAUCACCCAUCUCUCCCAUGUCGCCUACGCUCCGUGAUAUGCGCGAAGAUGCUCAACAAUACCCUAUCACCAAUAUCGACAAUCCGAACGAUAUCGCUCAAGAGCUGAGCAAUCUACAAGCCCUACGCCGUAUGUCCAUGGAUGUCUCUAAUAAUAGCGACCCUGAUCUACUCCCCUUUCAAGGAAUGUCCCUCAUGGCCAUGCCGUCUAUAGCACCAAAAGGAGACGACGACGCUGACCCAUCAAGAUUACUGUGGGUUCCUGCUGGUGUUCACCCAGAGCUUGCCCCUACCGAGUUCAAAAACUUUGUAGAAAAAAGAGUUCAAUCGAUGAAGCGGAGAUCAUCCGAAUCCACUCUCUCAGUAGAUGGAUUGGAGAGGAGCGAUUCGAGCGGGUUACGGAGAAAGAAAUCUAUGCUCUCGAGACAAAUUGACAAUGUAGGAGGCCAUGGCGCAGAAGGAUAUGUCGACGGUGCUGAGAGGUUAGAGAGAAGGAAGUCUGAGAGGGGAUCGGGACAAGGGCCUCCGGAACUAAGUCUCGAUGAUCUUGUUAACGAUCCGUCCAAAGUCGUACAGAAACUUACCGGUCAUGACUCAGGGGGUGAGGGCUCCGAAGAUAUGCCUAUUCUUCCUGUCGCGCCGGGCAUGGGCUUGCGUCGAUCAACACGUACCACGUACCGAAAGGGUGGCAGUCUAAAAAAUCGGCAGAGCGGCUCUCUCAGGUCGGACGAACGAUUGCCUUUUUCAAAGCGCAUAGGAGCAAAAAAGAAUGAGGAGGGGACCGGGGAACUGCAUCAUAACGAAGGAACUGUCGAAGCACCUCCAGGACAUGGCUUAACACGCGUGCAAUCAGAGCCGAUUUCCGAGAACUUCUCACGACCAACAAGACCCAUACGACGACAACAAACUUUCUCCAAAGACCAGUCGAUAGAAUUACUCGAAGACUCUCAACAGACUAACAACCAAGAUCGAAGCCAGGCUGACCCACCUAGACCGCAAGGACCAACCCGCUUACCAUCUGCUGAUAGCAUCAUGGCAUCCUCUACGACUUCACAGAUAAUUGAGACGCCAAUAGCCGAGGAAGAACCUUCUACAGUACAGGCUACAGAAAUGACUUCUCCAGUACCCGCCGAACCACCCGCCCGCUCCAGUAAACGACCAAAUUAUGGACAACCGCUCCAGAACUCGCCGCCACAAGCUACAGGCCGAUCUCAACAACCAAAUAGGACCCCGAGCGCUUCGAACCGAACACUUAAUGACAUGUCACAGAAUCCCUCACCAUUUCCAGGCGGCAGUGCCACUAGCACCGAAUCGCUAACUUUCAUCCCUACAUUUACACCCGAGGAGAGGAAACCAGAGAAGAAGGGCAAGAAGGAUAAAAGUGAAAACGAAAAUGAAAAGUCAAAGGCUACAUCCUGGAAAUGGUUUAAUAAGAGUGACGAUAAAGAGAAGAAAAAGAAGGAUGAAGAGAGUAAGAAGUCCAAGACCAAGGCAUUCGUAGACAAGGCGCACGAUAACGUUCGACUCGAUGUGCUUCAGACCUCGAUUGACACAGCACUCCAUAAAGGACGAGAGAGUCUAUUGCUCGACCGUGAUGUUGUGGACAACAAAUUAGAAGAGGAAAGGAGGAAGGAGAGCAGCCGUAAGUCUGGGGAACAGAAGAAGGAGAAAGACGGAUUAUUCGCCUCAUUCUUUGGAAGCAGUAAGAGGAGAAGUGAGAGGGAGUCGGUCAGUAAGAAACACCAAGCACAAAGAUCAUUAUCGCCAGAACCAGUUCCAUAUCGCCCGUUACGCCCUGAUGUCGACUAUCCCUGGACCAGGUUUCCUAUUCUGGAAGAGCGGGCCAUCUACCGAAUGGCACAUAUCAAACUCGCCAAUCCUCGACGUGCUCUCUACAGCCAAGUUCUACUCAGCAACUUCAUGUAUUCGUAUCUCGCAAAGGUUCAAGCAAUGCACCCUCAAUUACAAGUUCCUCAAUCCCCCCAACAGAAGAGAUUACAGGAAGAGGAGAGACGGCGGCGCGAACAAGAGGAGCAGCAGCAAUACUUGGAACAGCAGCAAGCGCAGGAUAGCAUUGACCGCUACAACUUUGAAUAUCAUCGAUCAACAACCCAACAAUAUGAAGAUCCCAGCAUGCAACAUGAAGCAGGUGAUUACCCAGAAGCGGCCGAGAUCUAUGACUAUGAUCAUGGCAAGGAUCGAACAAACCAGGACAGUGACUAUCAGGGCGCAGAUGAGUACGGCAGCCAAGAGGCAGACAAAGAUUACUAUUCUACUUAUAUGCAAUACAGCAACGCCAACGCCAAUGGGCACCACCAAAACCAAGAGGGAGAGGGAGAGAUGUGGUAAAAUAGGUACCAACCAAUGAAACGAAGUUGAAAACUACACUCGUAUAGCGAUCGUAUUCACUGCAUAUUCUUGGAGUUUCUGGUGGUGGUAGUGGCGGCGCCGGGGAUCAGUUGCUACAGUAUUCGUCUAGGGUGGAUUAUCAAGACAGAAUGACGAAAGGAGAGAAAGAA